AUGGGACCUGACCCUCUGCACCAUUUGGACCCUCUGGACACUCUGGACCCUCUGGAUACUCUGGACCCUCUGGAUACUCUGGAUACUCUGGAUACUCUGGACCCUCUGGAUACUCUGAACCCUCUGGAUACUCUGAACCCUCUGGAUACUCUGAACCCUCUGGAUACUCUGGACCCUCUGGAUACUCUGGAUACUCUGAACCCUCUGGAUACUCUGGACCCUCUGGAUACUCUGGACCCUCUGGAUACUCUGGAUACUCUGAACCCACUGGAUACUCUGGACCCUCUGGAUACUCUGGACCCUCUGGAUACUCUGGACCCUCUGGAUACUCUGAACCCUCUGGAUACUCUGGACCCUCUGGAUACUCUGGACCCUCUGGAUACUCUGAACCCUCUGGAUACUCUGGACCCUCUGGAUACUCUGGACCCUCAUGGAUACUCUGGACCCUCUGGAUACUCUGGACCCUCUGGAUACUCUGAACCCUCUGGAUACUCUGGACCCUCUGGAUACUCUGGAUACUCUGAACCCUCUGGAUACUCUGGACCCUCUGGAUACUCUGGACCCUCUGGAUACUCUGGAUACUCUGAACCCACUGGAUACUCUGGACCCUCUGGAUACUCUGGACCCUCUGGAUACUCUGGACCCUCUGGAUACUCUGAACCCUCUGGAUACUCUGGACCCUCUGGAUACUCUGGACCCUCUGGAUACUCUGAACCCUCUGGAUACUCUGGACCCUCUGGAUACUCUGGACCCUCAUGGAUACUCUGGACCCUCUGGAUACUCUGA